AUACCCCGCAUGCGCUGGACUGACGCCUCUGCAGCUCCGCCACCGCCCUAUUCACCUUCGGGCCCCCAGCGACACCCAAGCAACCCCAGGCUGCAGCUCAACCCCCCGCACCAGAGGCAGCAUUCAUGGCCAUACAACAGCCAGAAUACAACCCCCGUCUCGCCGCUGCAGGUCACUCCCUCAACAGCAACCUCGCGGGAUUUCUCUCCAGUCUUUUCACAGCAAAAUAGCGCUACCAGCACGGCCAACACGACCCCCUUGUCUCCUUACGCGCCCUUGCUGCAGGAACAAUUGGGGUGGAAUGGCCCCACUCGCAGGAGGAAUUAUUCUCCUCCAGGGACAGCUGGCGGGCAGGGGUAUGCGCCUUCGGGCUUGCAGAAAGCGUCUUAUCCUUCUCCUGAUAUACCCCCUUCGAGUCCCAUCGCUGAUAGCGUUGGGCCGUCGUCCCGAUCCGGGAGUCGGCGUCCAACAUUGCACAACGUGGUACCGCCACCGCCGCCCGGGCCACCCCCAGCCCAGAAUAACUAUAUGCGGGAUAGCUCGCCAAUGGCUGCCCAGGGUAGGAGGAUGCACAGUAGUAGCAGCCCAGCUGUGCCUGCCGGGCUCGGGAUUGGGAUGAGAUCCGGCUCCCGCUCUCCUCCAGCGAUGCCACCCGGGGCUGUGAGAGCCGAUUCUCUGUCUAGGAUACCCCCUCCUCCGCCCGGGCCUCCUCCACGGAGCGAAUCCGUACCGAGAAACGCCUAUGCUCCGGUACCUGUGAGGAACGAUUCCCAGAACGGCGGUGCCAUCCCUCCCCCACCACCCGGGCCACCUCCCAGAAACCCGAGUCUACCCAGAAUCAUGAAUCAGGGCCGGUCGGUUUCCUCUCCCGUGAUGAACCCCGCCGCUAUGAGAAUGAGUAGCAGGUCACCUCCCCCCCAGCAACCGAGCGGGCUAUCGACCGAGGGUAACGGCUCGGAUUUUUACCAAACAGCACAAUCCACCGCACCGUCUGACCCGAGGAAUCUGCCCCCGGCCCCGCCCCCAAAGCGAAGGAUGGAAGGGGAAGAGAUGCCCCACAAGAAGAGCUCGCCCGGGCCAAGGAGCGGGGAUGAGGAAGGGUUAGGGAUCGCUUGGGAUCAGAGGCGACCGGACGCAGAUAAUAAUCCCUGGCGUCAAACACCAACCGGUCCGGCGGCGGCGGUGAACUCGGCAGAAGAGGUGAUGGGCCAAAGAGACCGUGGGUUGAGUUUUAGUGCCUCGCGCCGUCAGUCCGUGGUGGCGCCCACUUUGAUCGAUUACGAAGGAGGGGAAUCCCCCCCACCCCCAGAAGCGACGCCAAAACCUUCCUUCAGCGCAGCUGCAUAUCUCCCUCUCUCACCGGAUAAAAACAGGGUUAGGCGUAAGCCGAUACAUGUCGCCUCACCACCAGCCAAUAAUUAUGAACCGCCAAAGCAGCUUCCCACACCCCCUCCUGGCAUUGAAAGGGAUUCCAAAUUCAGGCCGGUUUCGCAUUUGUUACAUCUGCCCAAUGCGGGGGGGCAACUCCAGCCCCCGCUAAUCGAGGAGGAAGAACAGGAAAUGAGCGCAUUUUAUCUAUCCGCACUGGAGAGGUACAGGAAAAUGAUUCGGUUGGAGGCUACAGCGUCGACGGAUGAGGAGAGGGUGGGAUUGUGGUUGGAUUUUGUAUUGAGUGAAUGCGGGCUGAGGAAGGAACGGUAUUCCCGGGCCGUUGGGAAGAUGCGAUCGUCUCUUGCUACAAAAUUGGGUUCGGCAUUCUCGGAGGAAACACAGCAAAAUCUAACGCCAAUUUCACCGGUAAUGAAGGGUAUGGACGGGGAGGAUGUAGAAAUGGAGGAUACACAGGAAAGUAGGCGACGCCCGGAAACACAAUGGUGGGGACAACACCUUAACAGUGAUUCUUUCGAUAAUGGUGACCCUACGGGUGCGGCUCUCGAGGCGAGGGUCAGGGACGAGGAGUCCUCACGCGGACGAACAUCCUCGCGAUGGUGGGAGGCGAGCGCGGAGGGCGGAUCGGUCAGUGAUCACUUGGCCGUUCGUUCUGAUGGAAUGGGAGACGACGAGUUUGGCAUGGCACGGUCGAGUCACAGAUAUGCACGCACUCCUAGAGCAUCGCUUCGCGAGAUAGCAGAGCACGUGACCACACCGCGGGGCUCACAGUUCCCUGGCGAUCCUACCAGUUAUGCUGGUGGUCCCGCUUACCCCCCGGAUAGGAAGGCCAUGUCCAUGUCUCGUUCUCGAUCGCGACCACCUCACUCGCAAUCACGAACUCGCACUCCUGUCCGACCGGUCAAGACGAAUCUCGAUAUUGCUCCCCUGCUCACUCUGCUCCCACCUUACCCACGCGUUUACGCAGCAGUGAACAACGCUCACCCCCAACUUGCGGUAUUCCGGAACCUUGUGCGAACGCUGAAUGACCUGUCUCCCAUCACAGAGAUCAAGGCUGACUUUAACGCUGCUUCCUCAACACGGAAGGAAACCUUCACUAUCGAAUCAUUAAAGCGCCGGAACCAGCACUCAGAAUACAUCCAAUCCCUUUACAGCGCGGCCUCAGGCAAUAAGGCCCAAAAACGCCUCAGCUUCGACCGACUCGAAACCCUCAACACCGACUUCCAGAACCGCGAAAAUGCCCUCUCUGAGGAAUCCCUCAAGUCCGAGUUUGACUUGUUCCGGUCCCAAGUCGUGGACGCGGCUCACACUGAACUGCAGGAGCGCAUCUCUGCCGCGUCUGCAGCCUACGACGACCUUGCCGCCGAGAUUGUCGCGAACGCGGACAACCCACUCGGUGGGCAAGAGGAAGGCGGCGACCAAGUCCCUGAGCUCCUCGAAAAGCUGACAUGUCUGAAAUGGGUCUUUGACGUGCGAGAGCAGCUCCACCGUGAGGUCUUCGAUCUGCUGUCGGAGCGCAACCGCCGUUACAAGGAAGUGGUGGUGACACCCUUCUUUGCCUCCCGUCUCGCCGACAAGAUCCGAGAAGCAGAGGACUUUUUCACUGCGGACGAGAAUGCCCGCCGCCUCAGGGCCGACAAAGAGUCACUCUCCCGAUACGAGGGCUUCCUAGACCUGGUGGAGAACCACGUGAUCAAAGGUGUCGAGAAGCAAAUAUCGGCAUUCUGGGAAGUUGCGCCGUUGAUCAUGGAGUGUUUUGAGAAGAUUCCGACAGACCUGACCAACGUCCACCCUAUUGUCCCACCGGAAGAGUAUCACGAAAACCCCGCGUAUCUGAGAGAGCCGUUGAGGUACCUCCAUUCAAAGAUCGAAAUGGCCGAAAAGUCGAUAUACCAGUUUGUUGAGGGACAGACAAACUUGCUCUGCUUGUUACACGAGGUCAAGACAUUGAACGUGGCGGCUGGAUGGAAAGUCCGCUUGCCGGGCCCCGAGAACGCUAAGGUUCAGGAGGAGCGCCGGGAGAAGGAGGAGGCAGUGCUAACAGAGGACUUGAAGGAGAAGGUGAAGAUGCUGGAGAGCGAGUGGAGGGAGAGUCUCGGAAACCUAUUUGAGGAGGUUAGAGGGAGGGUUAGUGGGUGGAUUGGUGAAGCGGAGACUUUGGAGUGAUUUUUUCUUGAUUGAUAUCAUAAGAGAGUAGUGUAUCAUCGGAGGGGGCUGGCUGGGGCUUGGAGCAGCACUUAUUCUACCUAUAUUCACGUACAUAUUUUUCCCUCUUGGAUUGAUACCCAUAUUAUUAUUAUUUUCAUUUUCUCAUCCUUUACUCUAUUCGAUCUUAUGAUUACCCCCCCCCUUUUUUUUCCUCCUUACUUCGCUUCUAUUAUUCAUUUAAGGGAUUGUACUUUACGCUCGCUUUCUUUUUUUCCUCCUUCAUUCUCACUUUGUCUCGAUGGACAUGCAUAGAGGGGGCGCAAUGUACUCUACACUCGCUUGGAGUUCUUUCUUUCUUCACCUUUUUCUUUUUCGUUUUUUGUUUUUAUUUGUCAGGUUUGGGUUGGGUCUGGUUUGACUGGCUGAUUGAUUGAUUGAUUGAUUGACGAUGGAUAGAUGGGUAGGCGGAGGGAGUGGGAAUUGAGUCGUUGAUACCCAUC